AUGCCGACUCACCAUGAAUCCCUCCACCAACAGCACAUCCUGCAAAACGAACAAAAACAGCCGAUGAAGUUCUCCGGGAGAGGAGUACCUAUGAAAUGUCACCCUCUCAGCACUUCACCCACUCUAAUGAACAUCAAACUAUGUAAUUUCAACGCUUGCUACAACACAGAUGUCACUAAGCGACUGCGAAUGCUUGAAGACACGCCCAGCACUUGUGGACUCAUCGAAAACCUUGCACUCAUUGAGCCCAAUGAUUUCGAGAUGAAGAACAAAUACUUUUGUCGACGAGACGAUCCAACAAACACUCCCGCUCGCUUCUUCCUAGUCGGCACUGUUACAAAUAGCUCCCUGCUCAGCGGCGAUAUCAGUCGCAACAUCUCUGUCUCCUUUUCGAACCGAACCUUUCCCCGCGCCAUUGCAGCUAUUGGCGAAAUCUUACAUGAAAAAGUCCUCUUUCUCCCAACAUUCCAACAAGGAGUCAGUAUCACCACAGCUCGCAAGCUCAAAGAAGGUACUAGUCAAACCACCAUACGAGGACUUACACCCUCGUCCCAUCGUCCCCGACAACAUGACGACAUAGAACAAGCCUUGCUGCCAUGGGAUGCGAAAGUACCUGUUUACAAUGGCACCAAGCCAUUCCUUCUCAGUCAAUACAAGAACCAGCAGCAAAUCGUUGACGAACUGACCCCAAACUCCGCCGUCAUCGCCAUAUUCACCCUCACCACCUUCCCUUAUCAUCGACUAAGCAGCUCCCUCUCAAGCGCGGCAAUCAAUACCUCUCUCACCUUCAAUAUCCAGUCCAUCAUCUGGCUCGCGUACCCAUCAAAAGACGCAACCGUCGAUCCCUCCCUCGCACCCUCCCCUGCGAUCGGCGUCACCGACGAUUAUCUCGUUAACGACAUCGCAGAUAUCACUCAACCAGACAUCAUCCUCAAUGAAAACGAAGGCCUCAUCUAA